GGCCCCGCCCGUUCGCUCCCGUGGCGUCUGCGCAGGCGCAGAGCAGGUGCCGGAAGUGUCGGAGGCGGAUCCCGGCGCGGCAGCCGCGCCGCUCCCAGCCUGCCCUGCUCCUUUCCGGGGUCGCCGGCGCCGGGAAGAUGUUGCCUUUAUCCAUCAAGGACGAUGAGUACAAGCCGCCCAAGUUCAACCUGCUCAGCAAGGUCUCGGGCUGGUUCAGGUCCAUCCUGUCCGACAAGACCUCGCGGAACCUGUUCUUCUUCCUCUGCCUCAACCUCUCCUUCGCCUUCGUGGAGCUGCUCUACGGCAUCUGGAGUAACAGUUUAGGUCUAAUAUCAGAUUCCUUUCAUAUGUUCUUCGACUGUACUGCUCUACUGGCUGGAUUAGCAGCUUCAGUCAUUUCAAAGUGGAGAUCAAAUGAUGCUUUCUCAUAUGGGUAUGUUCGAGCAGAGGUACUGGCUGGUUUUGUAAAUGGUCUGUUUCUGAUCUUCACAGCAUUCUUCAUUUUCUCUGAAGGCGUUGAGAGAGCACUGGAGCCUCCUGAUGUGCAUCAUGAGAGACUUCUUCCUGUGUCUAUAUUAGGAUUCCUUGUGAAUCUUAUAGGAAUAUUUGUUUUUCAACAUGGAGGCCAUGGACACUCACAUGGCUCUGGGCAUGAGCACAGUCAUUCUCUAUUUAAUGGUGUUCUCAGCCAUGGACACAGUCACGGAGGUCACGGUCACAGCCAUGAAUCCAAACAUGGCCAUGGGCAUUCUCAUGAUCACAGUCAUGGGAAGAGAGACUCGCACAAUCAGGAUUAUUGUCAUGAUGAUCACUCUCUUGAAGGGGCUGCAGGAUCCAACAGACAGAUUUUAGAAGGUGUAUUUUUACACGUUGUCGCAGACACUCUUGGAAGUGUUGGUGUAAUCAUAUCAGCUAUACUGAUGCAGAACUAUGGUCUAAUGAUAGCAGAUCCUAUCUGUUCAAUGCUCAUAGCUCUACUUAUAGGAAUAAGUGUUGUUCCACUUUUAAGAGAGUCCAUUGGAAUCUUAAUGCAGCGAACUCCGCCUUCCCUGGAAAGUGCCCUGCCUCAGUGCUAUCAGAGGGUUCAGCAGUUGCAAGGAGUUUACAGUUUACAUGAUCCACACUUCUGGACCCUUUGUAGUGAUGUUUACAUAGGGACCUUGAAACUAUUUGUAGCUCCUGAUGCUGACGCCAAGUGGAUUCUAAGCCAAACUCACAAUAUUUUUACUCAGGCAGGAGUCAGACAGCUUUAUGUACAGAUUGACUUUGCAGCCAUGUAAUGAACAUCAUAAAUUGCGUUCUUUGGACCAAAGUUUUCUGGUACUGUAAUGGUAUAAAACAUUGUACUCUUCAAGACAGAGCCACCGCCACCCCAGUUAACCAAGACCAAAUAGACUGCUGCCUUUUGGCUACUUCUGGAGUUCACGUUUAAGGAGUAAAAACUGAAAGGAUACGUCCUGGACUUCUGGUCUUGUCUUUUGUGGCCCCUAAACUUUUUUCAUUUUUGUGGGUUUUUUUGUUUUUUUGUUUUUUACUUACUACAGUUGUUCCAACAGGAAACUAAGAUUGUGGGACUGCAAUUCCUGGUCAUGUCUUUAAUGAAGGGCUUGUCUAAACAAAAAAUUUGUUCAUAGGAAGCUGGGGUGUGAAUCUACUCUGCGCUAGCCUUCUGCAGACUAACUGCCCAUGUGGCUCCUGUUAUAUGCAUUAACGGUUUGUUAGUGCACUUUGAUCUAGUCCUGCUCUGAAGAGGACUAGAUCUAAGCACAUGUCAGCAGGGUCCACAUCGACCGUUAGUCUCUGGCAGGCUAGCACUGAGUAGAUUCACACCCCAGUUCACAUGAACAAGCCUGAAAGCUGCUCGUUCCCACAAAACCAGUGUUAUCAAAAAUUGGAGCGCGGUCUUGUACAUAAUGUCACAAUGGGUGGCAUUCUUCAUUAUAAUCGUAUGUUUGUAAAAUUGUUUGUACUUUGCAAACUUAAUGAACCAAACCAUAUUGGGUUUUCAAAGUGCCUUUAUAUCAGAAGAAGUAUUUGCCAGCAUCAACAUGGAACAUGAAGGGUUUUUAUUACUUUUAUGGCUACAGCUUGUUCUUAUACAGUCACAGUCUUAUUCUUGCUAGUGAUGUAUGUGACUGUGUACUUGCGUACUUGUAGAUUUUAGACUCCCUUUUACUGUUGCAUCUUAUCAGAUGAACUGGAGUUAAAUUUGUUUAAUUUACAUUACAAGUUAAAGCUAUUGUGGGGAAACUUGCUUUCAAAACAUCUGUCUAUUUGAUAUAUUGUCCUAAGAGUUGUUUUAACCAAAUUAAAUGUUCAACCCUGGGUCUAAGUCUAUCAAUGAAAGUUUCUCUCUACUGUUAUAGUAAUUGGAAAUUGUAUUGCAAUAACCAUGUUCCUAAAGUCACCAUGCAAUAGAGAAAGGCAGUUGCAGCAUAAUGAUAGUAAUGGAAGAGCUGGUUUGCUUUUAUCUUUCAAAUACGGACUUAAUCUUUUUUCUGUCAAAGCUUUGCUGUGAAAAUUAGUCUACUAGGCUUUAACAGACCAUUAAAGAGGUUGGAAGUAGUUACUAAACUGGGGAGAAGAGGAGAGAGGAGCUCUUCCUGGCAAAUGUAUCUGCAGUGGAAAUGAGAACUAUUGGAUGUGCUAUGUAAAGUCACAUAUUCUUAGUUGACCUGUUUGAUUCUGACAUGAUCAUGAUCUGUCUUAUCGACGUCUUGUGUGUGUUUCCACACACUCACAAAGAUUUGUCCACAGAGCGCUUUCCAGAAACACCCAUAGACCAUAUCUUUACUGGCACUUAUAUUAAUUUAUAUUUUGAAUUCAAAACGAGUGUUAAAUUCCUGAGACAAUCCUACAACACCUGUACUGUAGAUGCAAUGCUUCCACUAAAAUUACAUUACUACAGUUAUCAGUGCAAAAUUACUGUAGUCUCUCAUUCCAUUUGAAUUCAGAGACUGAACAGUAAAGAUCCCUCAAAUGUAUCUUUGAUUUCCAUAUUUGAAGCUGUUGGUUAGUCUGACUAGGACACAGAGCAAGAAAAAGGAAGUCUCCUUUUUAUUAUUCGGAAAUAAAUUUUCUGUUUGAUCGGAAACUUAUGAAUUAAUAAAUUUACACAUAAUGUACAGUGGUUAGUGGAGUAAAACAAGACAAGGAUGCUUGCUUGAAAAAUCAAACAUGCUGCUGACUGGUACGAAUUCUAGGUAUUUUUCUGAUGCAAAUAUCACUGUCCUUGUAAUUGAUUUAAAUACCUAGUAAUGGGUAGUAGUAAAACCAAGGAGCAUUGUAGUUCUAAUCAGUUCAACUUUAGUGACAGUUGAUGAGCACUGAGGAUGAUAGAGACUACAGAAAUACCGGAGAUAGAAUUGCAGGGAUGGUUUGUAUAGUGCAAUGGCUUUGCUGCAGAUGUUACUGCAUUGUUGCAGUUUUCAUAUUACAGGUAUAAGCAGCUUCUUAAAUUCAGUGUUAUUCCUCCUGUAUGACUCACUCUGUCUGUAUUUUUAUAUAUAUAAAUGCUGCUCAGUUGCUAGUCUGUGCCUUGAGUUGAGCUCACCAGAUUGAUGCAGAUAUACGAGCGCUGAAUGAACUAAUAAUUUUUAAUUUGUACAAAGUUGUGAUUCAAACCCCAAGGUAAGACCUUUUCCAUUGCUUCCAAAAUGUCAUGCACAUACAUGGACUGUGGGUAUUGUCUAUUGUUUGGGUGGUCUUUAACACAGGCAAUAAUGCAACAAUCCACUGAUCUUAAGGAUGGUGGCCUCUGUCACUUUGAGCCACCAUUUUAAAAGGAAGACCCAGCCUCUUUCACCUAAAUUGUACAAGCCAUAACCUCAAACUGAUUUUUUGGGGUGAUUAUGCCUUCCAGACUUACAGCUUUGAUUUGUUUCUGGGCUGAUGAGCAAAGCUUCCUAAUCAUCUUAAAAUACUUUUAACACUAGCCAAAUUAUUGGGGUAAGCUGCUUAUUGUGAAUGUUUUAGCUGAACGUUCGUGGGAUGCUUUUUCAGUUGCUGUGACUUCCUAAAUGUCUUACUGCAAGUGAGCAAUUGCUUGGAUGUUACUGUUUUUUUUCUCUUGUGUAUUUUAAAAGGACUCAAGAUGGUUAUAUGGCUAAUCUUCCUUGCCAAGACCAGUGUUUGACUGAGAACAUAAUCUGUUUUCUGCACGCUGAGCUUUAAUGAAAAUUGCCGUUUAAACUACUUGUAACAAAGAUUAAAUUUUUCUUGCCUAGGAAGAUCUUUAAUUUGAGACUUGGGGGAGGAAUUAGGCCCAUGGGAAUUAGGCCCAUGCUCAUGAGAAAUGCACAUUUUUACAAUCAAGAUGACUAUCUUAAUCACGUUUGGGAUUGUUUGCCAUUUUAUAGCAAGAUGCACAUAGCUUCCACAUUUGUUUUUGUAAAAUGUAAUUUAAAUGUGGUGCUAGUGUAUGGAAGCCAGUUGUUUGCUGUCCAGCAACAGGAUUGUGUUGUCAUUUCAAGUACAUGACUUUUUGGCUGAGUAGACUUAUUUUAAAAGAAUGUGUGAGUAAACUGGUCAAAAGAAGGUAGAUGGCAUACCCUGAAUUUUAAGUUGGUGUAAAUUGACUCCUGCAGCAUGAAGUCCAAACAGCAUUGGUUGGGCAGCAUAGAGGCCAACAAAUGCAUUUUGUGCCUUCAGGAUGCUCUGUCCUGGGCUAACUCUGGUCCAUUAUGGGGUAGGAUGCUUGUGAAGGAUAGGUGUCAGGCUGUCCAGCCAUCAUGUUUUAGGUCUUCCAGGAAGUCUUUCACCCUGCUUCCAAACAGCAUAGCAGCAUUUAAUUUUUUUCACCUACUAAUGAACUACUGGGUGAGCUGGAAUUAUUGAAAACUGUAGAUCAUUUGACUAAUAUAAACCCCUGAAUGUUGAACAUCAAGGACUACUUACAACUGUUUUGUUUCAAAUGACAUUAGAUUCUGCUUCUAAUAUACUAAUGGAGGUGUUGGUAAUCUCUUGACUUUAUCCUGAAUCCCUGCAGAAGAUGGUCUAUUUUAAGAAUGAUUGAGGGGGAGGAAUUACAGUAGAACCUUACUAAAUUUCACUUUUCUAAUUGACAAACCUGAUAACUGUCAAAAUCUCAUCUAAUUCUCCAUGAAGACAUAACAGCAAGGUGCUACAGUGAAUCUCAUUACUAGAAAUAUGUAUAAGAUUACUACCUACAAUGUUGUUUGGCAUUGAACAUAUUGUGGAGGAAAACAGGCCAUCCAUUGGAGUUUACAAUCUGAUCCUAUAAACAGUUAAACAUGAAUAAAGUUACAUACUGUGCGUGAGUGGGCCACAAGUGAGGAGCUUAAGUAAAUCUAGUAUCCUUGCUACACUACAGUAUGGGUUAAACUAGUACAAAAAAUAAGCAUGUCAGAAUAAUUGAACCAAGUACAUUUUUGUAAUGCAUUAUUGCAGUAAUCUGUAUUUGAUCUUCCAGUCAUUAACCUGUGAAAUUUUAAAAUCUAAAAUGUUUUAGACAGGCUGCCUAUUAUCAGAAUCUAGAACUCUAACUCAUACUCAGUAGCACUAGCUUCCACCUAAGAUUCACUAUUUUAACUAUAUUUGAGAUUAUGAUUUGUUUUACUUUUAAAAUUUAAGAAUUAAAAAUCUGGGUAGAGAAGGGAGGAAGGAAAUACCCACCAGUUCAGUACAGAUAGUAACUAUCAAUGUAUUGUGGGGAUGCAAAUGAGAUACCCGGAGAAGGUGCUGUAGAAUAGCACUGUUCUUCAAUAUUAUAUAUCUUUCAAAUCAGUGCACUGCUCCGUGUACCUUCACACCCACUGACUUAUGGUACUGCAUAAUUCAGAUGUCAUAUGAGACCUUGAGGAUUGUAUGAAAUGGAAAAUGGAUUUUAAAGAUGUUGAAUUUUUAUUAAAUAGGCAUGAGAAUACAUCUAAGAUUGUUUUAAGUAUCAGUUCAGAUCAGCACCUUUAUUCAUGAACAACCUUGUCCUGUUUUCUUCAGUUAGCUUUUACGAUUGUAUUUGGUAUGACAGCUGAUUAUUUUUUGAACUGUGUGAUUUUUAGAUGGUAAAGGAAUAAUACGAUACAGAGGAGCUUUCUUCAACCCAGUUCUCUCACUGUUAAUACUGGUUUUUCAAAACCAAAAUAUGGUGGUCUCAGACCCUACCUUAAUAGGAUGCUGCAUUGCAUACAAUAGCACUACCCAUGCUUGCAGUGGUUAAUUCCCCCCAGCCCCAAGACCAGGGAUCCUCUUUCCGCUUUUUAUUUUUUUUAUUUUACUUCUCUUUUCCUCAAAGCCCUUGUGUUGGUGACCAUCCGUGUCUGGCCUUCACAGGCAGGAGGUUGUUAUAGUACCCUGUCAAAAGAUGCAGGUCAUUCUCCCAGGAUCUACUAGCAACUGAAAUUUUUAUUCAUCUCAAUAUGUGCAAAUGCAGAAUUAUCUACCUUUCAGGUUUAGUGAGCCACACUUCAAGUGUAAGUUCCUUCCUGUGGGUUAAUUUUACUCUUCACAGAAUGUUUGGCAGAAGCACUGUUGUGUAAAGGAAUUUGCAUAUUUCACUUCCCACAUAUACAAAAAACCUUGAUGGUAAUAUGGGCCAGGAUCUAGUUCGAAUUGAAAUCAGUAGCUACUGAAGGGGCUGGCUAGCACACCAAGCAAUGUGAAUGAAAAAAUUGCCAAAACCAUUCCUAGCAGCAACAGAGUCCUGUUUGCACCUUUCCAGUUAAUUUCAAAUACAUGAAGUACUCUUAUUGGUGUGCUUAAAUUUAAUAGUGUGGUAUUAGAACAUCUAUAAACAAAUGUUUGAGUAGUAAAUUGCUGAUUCUAAAUACAGUUGUGGAGACACUAUACUGUAACUUGGUUUGGGAGUGCUGACAUUAAGCCAUUAUGACUUGCCCCAAGUGCAAUAUUUAAAAUUUUAAUGUAACCUUUUUUCUACUUGAAUGGUUUAAGUAAAACAUUUCAUCUGAUGUAUUUGAAAAAGAUUUGGGAUCAGAUUUCCUUUCAAUAAAACUUGGUUUUAAAAACAAA